CCUGAGCUGUUUUGAGCCAAGCAACCCAAAACAAGCCUAGCACUUCUCCCUCAUCACAGUUACACCCGUGCUCUAUUUGCUAUACUACCACACCACACUCCCCUUGAGUUGUCUCUCACCACACCACCUCACACCACGGCAGCAGUGUGAGUGCGUAGAUCCCAAAGGCAGCGGCGAAAACGGCCACACGCGAUGGAAAAUCUGGCAGUUCUCAAGGAGCUGACGGUCCGCACACCUCAGCACUCCAAGCGCCUUCUCACGCUUAAUUCGUUGGAGAAGUUGGAAAUCAGUAAGUGUGAAAAUAUAACACGGCUGGCGGUGGGGGUGCAUGUGCAACAGCUGGAGCAGGGGCAAGAAGAAGAUGGGUUGCUGCUCAUCCCAGCCCAUCUCUGCGACUCGCUGCAGGAGUUGGUCAUUUACAAAUGCCCAAAUCUAGUUUUGGUGGACCCAUUGAGUUUUCUUCCGGCCGAUGGAGAAGGGUUCCAAGCCCUGCGGUUCCUCCAGAGGUUAAAAAUUUCAGAAUGCCCCAACUUGUUAUCCCCCGGCUCGUUUUCCCGGUAUCUUUUCCCGUCCUCUCUGCAGAAACUCUUUCUUCACGGUGUGGAAGGCAUGGGGACACUGGAGCCCCUCUCAAACCUCACCUCUCUCAUGCGAUUAGAAUUGUGGAGUUGUGGAGAGAAUUUAAGAUGCACGGGACUGGGGCCUCUCCUUACCACCAGGGGACAACUCAGAAAAUUAAGAGUCCAUGGCAGCCCUAGAUUCUUUGCUGGAUGGGAUCCCCGUCCCGCGCAGAUACCGCGGGAUGUUUCCUCCUCGAGUUUAUCCAAACUGCAGAAACUCCUGACGGAUGAGGCCGCAGACCUCCUUGUUGAGCCCAUUUGCACGUUCCUGUCCUCCUCUCUAAUCGAGCUGUGCUUUUAUGAGAACCAAAACAUCGAGGGAUUCACCACGCAGCAAGAGGACGCCCUUAGCCUCCUUAACGGCCUCCGGGAACUCGGGUUUGAGAUACUCAACAAUCUUCAGCAACUCCCUCGAGGGCUGUACAGGCUUACCAACCUCAAGCGAUUAGUGGUCUACGCAUGUCCGACCGUCCAGUCACUGCCCAUUGAUGGCCUCCCGGAAUCACUGGAAGAAUUAUAUGUCCCUGGCUGCGGCAGCGACGAGCUGGAACAACAGUGCGAGGGGUUAGUGGGAACCAUCCCACGCAUCAUACUAUCACCAUAGACUGACCCAAGGCCUCUGCCUUGGAGUUCUCUUGUACAUUCUUCUAGCCUUAUAGAACAGACAUCAUCCUUCAUGCAUCACUACUCACAUAUACAUCGUCCUUGUACAUUCUUCUAGCCUCAAAAUAUCACCACAUAAUAUUCAUUUACUGCGCAGGCCUCUGCCUUGGAGUUCCCUUGUACAUUCUUCUAGCCUUAUAGAACACACAUCAUCCUUCAUGCAUCACUACUCACAUAUACAUCGUCCUUGUACAUUCUUCUAGCCUCGAAAUAUCACCACAUAAUAUUCAUUUACUGCGCAGGCCUCUGCCUUGGAGUUCCCUUGUACAUUCUUCUAGCCUUAUAGAACACACAUCAUCCUUCAUGCAUCACUACUCACAUAUACCGUCCUUGUACAUUCUUCUAGCCUCGAAAUAUCACCACAUAAUAAGCGACACUUCUGUGCUUUGCUACUGAUAUUAAGGUUUGCCAUUUUCUUACCCACUGCUACAUUGCUCUCGAUGCCAUGUUUUCUAGCAUGCCCCAUUUCUCCUGGCUUGUUAGGUAUUUAUCAUGUUUGCGCUGGUAUGGUUCCUGGUACUUCACAUUUGCAAUUGGUCGCUACUCACAAGACUUGGCGGUGUACCUAGAAAGUUCAGCUUUGAGGAUCAAAUUAAAGAAUGUUGAUAGAUCAUCUGCUCCCCCGCAAAAAAAAAAGAUAGAUCAUCUGCUCAGCCACAUGAGAAUGGUACUACCCAUUGGAUCCAACUUCAUAUAUUCAGAUGUCAAGCUAUCUCUGAAAGAUGGAACAAAGAUUCUUCCUUUUCUUGAUAGCCGUGGUAUGUGGUAUAACUCUGGAACUACCCAACACAGUUGUUGAAAUACUGAAUGGUUGAAGCUAUAGUGGAGAUUCGUAUGUUCGGUGCAGCUAAUAACUGCCAAUUAUGACGUUACUACAGUUUUGUUGAUCAAUCUCAUUGGAAGCAACAGAUCGAACUGGCUAAAAGAUGUGGAUGAGCCAGCAAGUUUCUGCUACUGUAACUCCCACAAAAAAAAAGUGAACCAAACACACCUUCAUUCUUCAGCCCACAACACUGGUGGCUCCUUGAUCGAAAGCCGGUGCGAUUAGAUAACUCCAACCAGGCCAAUCAUUUUUACCUUCGCAUCAUAUACAAGGUUGAAGACAGUGGGGAAAUGAUCAGCGUUUGAUUCACAACGACAGAGGAUGCUGCUCGUCUGGCUUGCCUGAAGUCUAGCGGCUUACUACUGGAUAUGGGCCCUGUUGAAACAAGGUGGAGCGCAUGGGAAAUGGAGAAGAGGUGGACGAGUACCCCCACAUCCUGGGUGCAGAUGGAGGCGGCGAUUGGCAGUUGCAAAAAGUGACGGUCGAAGAGGAGUGCGCCGCAGGUGUAGGAGGAGAAUGAUGGCUAUAAUAUCAUUGGGAGUGCGCCGCAUUUACUCCACUUUGGCAUUUCUUGUAAGGGGAACAGCAAGGGGAGAGUUUGUAUUUCUCUCUCUCUCUCUCUCUUUCUCUGAAUCCUCUGUUUCUUCCAGAACAGAAACAGAGUAAGAAAUAAAUGGGUCUGAGACUUCUCCUUCCAGCAACGGUGGGAUGUGUUAGUAGAAGGUUGGUGCCGGUGUGGAAUAGUAGUAGUACUCCCUCCGUCCGGAAAUACUCGUUGGAGGAAUGGAUGUAUCUAGAUGUAUUUUAUUUCUAGAUACAUUCAUUUUAAUGCAUUUCUCUAA